CACUAGUAUCCUCAUCUUGGAGUCACAGCUGUUGAUACGGGCAGACAAUAACUCCAUACACUGAGCAGCACAUAGGGUGGCCGUUUGCAGGACUGUUUAAGAAUCUCUACAAAGUAAUAAAGUUUAUUGAAUCGUUAAUCAUGUUGGCAGUUUGUCUCCUCACUUUCAUCGCUGCGUUGACUGCCGCAGUCCCGACCCCAACCCCUGAGCCUCCUAAUGGAAUUCACCAAUGUGCACGGUCAGAGUGCCCCGUCUAUACUGAAUUGGAAGAUUAUGGUCUAGAUAUGUGGAAGCGGCGGAUCGAACCAGGAGUUUGGGUGCGUAAGGUCGCUCCAACCUGCAACCGAACUGAUGCAUUAGGUUUAGUCUACAUAGACAUCCAUAAUUACUUUGUGGACAACAGGAUUAACCGGACAACACCAAUCAUGAUGGAAGUCUCGGAAAACAAGGCCGCGCCAUCUUUCUGUCCCGACCAAUUAGAAUCCUUCCCUUGCUGUGACGAAAUCUACGCGCUUCUCUUCUACAUUCCUGCAGUUUCGCAGGCAACCGCCCCACCCCCAUCAAAGGACUCUGGGGUGGAGCUAGUGCACAUGGAAGAUCCCCGGGAGUUCUACGGCAUCACCUUCGGUGGGCGACCGGUCAAUCACAAUGUAACAGCGAAAUACAAACAGCUUUCUGAAUACCUCGACGACCAGGGCAUUCGAUUCGAUGACGACGCUUUCCUUGUUGCAACGUAUGACUCAUCACGGCGGCCUCAGCCUCAUCGUAAUGAAAUCCUGAUUCCUAUCAAGAAACCAGGCAGAAGUCAUGAUCGUAAUGAUGGCAUCGACUACGAGAACGAAGGACAAGAGAACCAAGCCAAUUCGGCAAUUCAGCGGUCUCCCAUUACCAUAAUGAAGUUUUAUUUGUUAUACCCUGUAAUUAUGUUCUUUCAGAAAUGGUAAUAAAUUCAUUCACUCGUUGGUGGUCAUUCCGAAACACCAUUUUUUUCAUGCGGGGGGGGGGGGGGGG